CCGUCGGUAUAGGUUUCUUUCUUUCUUUCUUUCUUUCUUUCUUUCUUUCUUUCUUUCUUUCUUUCUUUCUUUCUUUCUUUCUUUCUUUCUUUCUUUCUUUCUUUUUUUCUUUCUUUCUUUCUUUCUUUCUUUCUUUCUUUCUUUCUUUCUUUUAAAGUGAGCUCCCGGUCGAAUAGCCGAGUAGGUUAUGUUACUUGUGAGUGUUCGCGCCCAACUAGGCACCCUCAGGCCUGUUGUCUUAAACGUUGUACCGGGUGAGAGCCUUCAGCGCUCCCCAUUUGCCAAGUAGUUAAUGCCAUCUCCGUCAAAUCUACAAAUUCAAUAAGACACGUUAAAAAAAAGUUACUUGUGAGUGACAACCCAGUCCUACAAUGCCACAAUGGCGAUAACGGGGUCCGUUUACCUAACCUGAAGAUUUGAGAGGUCCGGUUUUUUAGAAAAGCGACUACCUGUCUGGACUUCCAACCCGCAAGAGAAAUCCAGCCCAAUACAGAAGUGACUGCCUGUCGGACCUUCCAACCCGCGAAGCGAAAACCAGCCCAAUACAGGUACAUCGCAAGUCGUCUGUCGUAGCCCUUAGAAGCCGCGUCCGUAGGAGCCGUUAACGAGGGCUCGGCGUCACAGCUGAGGAUAUUCGUCACGAUUCGGCACUACUCGUGACGACACUCGGCACGUCUACGCACGUCACUUCGGCUAGCUCCGUUGUGAAGAGGUCGAGCUAAAGUCACUCACGCUUUCAUCUCUUUUCCGAGGCUGCGCGGCCAGGCAUGCGCAGUACGGACUUUCAUCAAACGCCGUCAGUGGAGCGGCGCAACCCGCCGUACGACCAACCGCGCCCGAACCGCGCCGAAACAAUUUCUGAACGCAUCAAUAAUUUCAAAAAAUCACCGAACGCGAGCGAAAAUAUUUAAAAAUAAUAUUUAAAAUAAUUCGAACAUCGAACGCUUUUCUCGGCGAGUGGACUUUCAACUGUGUAUACGAUUCAUUAAGUGUAAAUUAUUUAGUGUAAAUGUGUAUAUAAAAGUGCAAUGGAAUAUACAGUUUUAGUGUGUGUGUUACGACUUUUAGUAUAUGUGACAGUGGUUGUAAUUGGAGUUCCUUGAUGAUGUCCCAGUAAAUGGUCGGACGGCGAAACCUACCUCCACAAAAUGGUCGACUUAUAGCAACGGGCUUACAUCUCGAACGGUGGCGUUGGAAGCGGAAAAAUGUUCAUAUUGACCAUAGUGUACUUCAUUUCGCUUCCCGCACUGACUUCCAGGAUGGUCAGAGGAGACACAACCAUGGACGAGAAAACACCACAACCGUUAAUAAGCAGUAGAGUAGUUAGAACUAAAUAUGGAGAUAUCAGAGGCUUUAUAGUGACACCUGAAUCAAGAUUCCUAGAGCCAGUUGAAGUAUUCAGAGGUGUACCAUAUGCAUCACCACCUAUAGGUUCUCUAAGGUUCAUGCCACCAGUCUCCGGUGCUCAGUGGUCAGGAGUGAAAAUUGCUGAGGAGUUCAGUCCUGUGUGCCCUCAAGUGCUUCCAGACAUAAGGAAUGAAACAGCGGUGCUAAGGAGGAUAUCCAAAGGAAGGUUGGAAUACUUGAAGAGGAUAUUACCCUUCCUGACGAAUCAGUCAGAGGAUUGCUUGUAUCUAAACAUCUAUGCGCCAGCUCAAGCAGGCGUACGAGACGCAGUGGCGCGGUACCCAGUACUGGUCUUCGUUCAUGGCGAGAGCUACGAGUGGAGUUCUGGUAAUCCCUACGACGGGACCGUCCUCGCCUCUCAUGCUGGCUUGGUAGUUGUAACUAUCAACUACCGGCUAGGGAUACUGGGCUUUCUUAACCCUCGAACGGACGAGUACCCCCGGUCGCCAGCCAACUACGGUCUCAUGGACCAGAUAGCAGCUCUGCACUGGAUCAAGGAGAAUGUUGCCGUCUUUGGUGGUGACCCCACAAAUGUCACACUGAUGGGGCACGGUACUGGAGCAGCGUGCGUGCACUUUCUCCUGACUUCUCUUGCUGUGCCAGAAGGUCUGCUCUUCCACAGAGCAAUCUUGAUGUCAGGGUCUGGCCUGAGCCCGUGGUCCCUGGUCGCCGACCCCAAUAAAUACGCAGCAAUAGUCGCCACACACGCUAAUUGCUCUCCAGAAUUAACACCACCAGCCCUGCUCCGGUGUUUGCGAGAGCGACCUUUGGAGUCUUUGCUCUCAGCACCAGUGCAGGCACCUGACUUUGCCUACGCCUUUGGACCGAGUGUCGACGGUGUCGUUAUAGAUACUGGUGACAUGCUCGUCAACCAAGACAACGGGUAUGAGUGGGGUGGACAGGCGCUCGCCCGACCAGCUACCGGCAAGAACCAGAAUGCCAUCAACAUUAUCAACGCUGUCUUGAUGAGGAAGAGCGCUGUGGCUCAGCUUACCAAGUACGAUCUUAUGCUCGGUGUGACAAAGGCAGAAGCAUAUUUCGCAUUCAGCGGGGAUGACGUACAAUACGGCAUAGAAGCGGACAGGCGAUCCAAAAUACUCAAGUCAUUUGUCAGGAACACCUAUAGUUAUCAUCUGUCUGAAAUAUUGGCGACUAUUAUUAAUGAAUACACCGAUUGGGAGAGGCCGGUCCAACAUCCCAUUAAUAUCAGGGACGAAACAUUGGAAGCCCUAAGCGACGCUCAAGUUGUGGCGCCGAUAGUAUUGACCGCUGACACGCAUUCUGCAUUAAGACGAAACUCGUACGUCUACGUGUUCGACUACCAGACCAAGUAUGGCGACUACCCGCAGCGACAAGGCUGCAUUCAUGGCGAGGAGCUGCCCUACAUAUUUGGGGCGCCGCUGGUUGGGGGUCUCGCCCACUUCCCCCGAAACUACACGAAGGCUGAAGUGGCGCUGUCGGAGUCCGUCAUGCUGUAUUGGGGCAACUUCGCUAAGACUGGAAACCCAAAUGAGGCCCAAGAAAGCGACCCGAUCCGCGCUGGUAGACAGGAGAGGGUACGAAUGAAGAACAUUGAAUGGACUGCGUACGAGGCUGUGCACAAAAAGUACUUGAACAUCGAUAUCAAGUCCAAACUGAAGAACCACUACAGAGCGCACAGGUUAUCGUUUUGGCUAAACUUAGUGCCAGAUUUGCAUCGUCCAGGAGGCGAAGACGUGCCACCGUCCCAUCAUCAAUUAGAAAAUGAAGAAGUGUCACCGCCACAGCCGACGCUCAAGACAUUCAGUCCGCCUAUCAAAAAGACAACUGACUUGGUCUUGACUGACACGGCACUAGCCACAAAAGUUCCAGUUUUAGGCGUCCUAAAUAUAACCUCGCCUUUGAAUUUCAAUAUUGUUGGAAUCAACACUGCCACUCAAAGUACUGUAGGAGGGUCUGACAUUCACAAGUCAGACGCAACAACCGCGACACCGCCCGAAGAUGGUUUCGCUGCUUAUUCUACAGCCCUUAGUGUAACUAUAGCUAUAGGAUGCUCUUUACUUAUACUUAAUGUACUUAUAUUUGCUGGAGUAUACUACCAGAGAGAUAAAACUAGAAUGAAUGGCCCGGAUGGCCCGAAUGGUUCUCAUCUAAAGAAGAGAGCUGAGAAUGGACAAAUGCCAAAUAACAUUUGCGGGGAUCUAGAAGGUGCUUUGACGUAUCAGACGAGUUUAAAAAACGAUCCUGCUACGAUUCUGAGCCACCACCAUACACACUCACACCACCAGUUGCCUCCGCCAGAAUUUGCUGAUUUGCCGAGCAAUAACGUGGCGAGUAUGGCGACGUUGCCGAGAGCGCCGCCGCCUCCUAAACUAGGGAAAAGUAACAUAAAUACGUUAGCAAGUGGCCAGUUGCAAGAGAACCAGCCGUUGCUAUCGACGCAUCAAAUGCAGAUGAUGAAUACGAGUACGUUGACGAAGAAGAACACUCAAUUGAACGCUAAGUCGAAUGUGACGAUGGAGGAGUUGAGAGUGUGACGUCAGAGGGCCUGACUGCAACGAGCCGGCAGUUGCAGUGACGUGGUGCACCACGACGAGAUCGUGUGACUUGAGCCGGACCUUCUCAGGUGUGUCACAGAUUACAUAUAGACUGUUUAGAUGACGUGAACAGCUUCGAUUUCAAGCAUCAAGAUUGACUGUACCUCUUGAUCAGUACUAUAAUCUAAAUCAUCAAGCAAUAGAUGUGACGAAACUAGUGCUUUGAUAGAACAUUGGACUUGCAGUCGAAGCGUUUCUAAAGUAUCAGUUUCUAUAGAACUCUUUAUCUGUGCCACUUGAUAGUAGAAGGUACUAGACACUUGUGAAGUGACAAAAACAGUGAAAAUCAUAUCUCAAAAACAGUGAAGGGUGUUUAAAGUUUUCAUUCUAGUGGACGAUAUUAAAAUUAUGUAAUUUUCGGUGUAUAUGAAUGUAAAUAGCGUUGUGUAUAAGGGAUAAUGUGUAAAUAAUUCAGUAGUGGUAUCGCAUAUCCAUCCUGUAGGUAAACCUCGUUUGAAUUGCAGCCUUGAGAAAGGAACAGGCGGGGAAAAAAAUCAUACCCGUGCUAAGCAAUUACAGUAUCCGUUACUUAAAGAGUAUGUCUGAAUUUCUGCAACUUCCAUUUAUAUAUUCAGAGUUGUUAUUUGUAUCAAAUAAAGGUAAAGAAAUAUAUGCCGGUUCUCGCUCAUGUAAUAAGCAACUCUCAGUUGACUGGAUUACCAAUAUUUACAAUUAUAAUAAUCUUAUUAGUGAAGUUAGUAUAUUACAGUACGACGGAAAAUCCAGGUUCGUUCAUUUUAUUUAUUUGGCAAACAAGUACAUAAUUGACGAAAGUGUACCUACAUUGAAUAAAUAAGAAAGUUUCGUAUUAAAUGAAUACAAAAACUUAACUACUGAAAGUAGUAGAGUCGUAAAAGAUGUUUUUUUAGAAAUCUAAUUUCAUCCAAUAAUUAAACAAAUUCUAAAACGUUCCAUGAAUUUGACUUUAUAAAUAGGUAUGUCUAAAUAACUGACAUUUAAGAAAUGAAAUGAACUUAAAAUAGAAAACAAAUAACGAAUGAUUAAAUAGACGACUGAAAUGUUGCGAAUUUUUUUUCGAAUGAAUUGAAUGAAUAAUAUGAAACACCAAAUAUUUCACACCUCAUUUUGAUUAAGGAGCAAUAAAAAAUAUUCUAGUUUUUGCAGAGUUAUACGAUAAAAACGGUUCGUUUGGAAAUGUAUGAGUAUUUUCAAAUACUAUUUUGUCAGAAUAGAAUUCGUCGCUUAUUAUUUUGUCAUUUUGCCGAAUUGUAGAAAAGACGUCUCGCUUGGAAAAAUAAUCGAUUUCAGAAGGUAUAUUUUUGUAUCUUGGUUCGUAUUCCAAAUGUCAAAGAUAUUAUUUUUCGUGUCCUGUACCUGAAUGUAUUAUAUAUCAGCCAACAUAAUAACCGAUAACGGAGUAUUUAUUAGUUUUUCAAAAAAAUCUGUGGAUUCUUUCCUUAUUAUUUUAUAUUCAAGUAUCUUAUUGUCUUCACUACACUUUGAUAGAAGAGAUCUAUUUUAUAGAAAGGUGGGCUACCUUAUUGUUUAAAAAAUAUAUGUUUUGUUUAUUAUGUGCGAAAAUAACACGUGGAGACCGCUCAGGUAAGGGCAUAGAUUACUAGAUACUUACUCCACAAGCUAUAUUUUAAAGUAGAAUCCACUUGAACAACUAAAUCAUUUAUUUUUCGAAAUCAAUAUUCAAUUUUUCCUACAGCCAUGCACAAAGUGUUUUGUUUCACAUAAAAAAUGAUUAGUUUUCCAUUGUUUAUUCACUGGAGUUUUUCGGACAGAUGUUUUUUUCUACAGUUCGCAAUGAUUUUAUUUUAUCGUCUACUGAACAUUUCAGUUUAUUGAAUUUAUUAGUUUUAAUUUUUAUAAUAGACGGACCAAUAGUGUAUGUAAAUAUGUAAAUAAUGUUAGAAACGGUAUAACAGGUUGUAUGAACCCUACACGUUAGGCCUCGUAGCCUGGGGCCUUUUAACUUAUAAUAGUAAUUAUUAUUUCAACCAUGACUGAGGCUGUUAUAUUAUUAAUAUUUAUUAUUAUCUUUUAGUUUCAUAAACAGCAAUAAAUUGUUUGUAUCAAGCAUUUUGUCCGUGAAUUAGAUUUAUUUAGCAUGAGGAUCUGUUAAGGAUGUUGAUUAAUAUUAUAUCGAUCUUAUUUACUCUGUUGAGGUUUCAGGGGUUCACGAUGAUCAUCGCCAACCAUCAACGAAAAAAACGUUAGAUGACACAGAAUCCUCUGUUCCAUCAAUAAAAAAAAUCUAUAUAAAUAAUUUAUAGCCAGAAUCGAACUCAAACCAAACAAAACCAGUCUUUUUAAUAACGAAAAGAUAGCAACAUAUAUUACGGAGUUCUAACAAAAUAUGACAGAAUCAAAUCAAUUCAAUGUAUUCCACAAAACUUCACAUUAACAUAUAAACAUAAUUCAUGGAUACAGACAUAGAGAAAAUUAAAUAUAAAAAGAUUCUGACUCUCGGAACCUGCAGCUCUUGUCAAGCCGGGACAAGCGUGUUAACCAUUACACCAACGGAUCCUCCUCCUGUCCAUGCGAAAUUCUUCCAUCUAUGUACGCCAUCUAUUUAGACAUGGAUACAAAACACAUAGAUAUUCAUAAUAUAAAAGCAAUAGCAUCAGCUAUAACACAACUUUUAUAGAAAAUAAUGCACGACAAUGUCUUACUUAAGUAUCCCGUUUUUACAGGGUUGAAGGUUUCUGAUUCUGAUUCAGGGGUUAUAUUGGUAGAAGCCUAUAUCGCUAGAUAAGCGGAUCCUAUGAAAACGGGAUAACGCUAGGGACAUGAUGAUGAUGACAUCGCUAUAUUGGUAUGAAAUACUAAUAAUAGAAAUCUAUUUAAAAACCGGAGAUUUCCACGAAUGAAUUGACAAGGCCGGAUGAUAAGGUAUUGUUGAGUUUUACAGCCCAAAAGUUAUCAGUUUUAGGAAUCUGUCCCUUCUUCUUUGUAAAGAGAUUGAUAACAUUUAUUCAACAUCCUUUAGCGCUGUACAUAAUAGGAUAUUUUUAAAUUCCAUCAACUUCAUCUAUUUGAGAAUAUGGACAAGAGCGGACGAGAUUUUUGUUUGCUUAGUUGAUAGAAGUGUUUUGUACAAUACUGUCGGUACAAAGAAUGGUGUUAGGAGAAAUUGGAUCAAUAUUAAAUCGCUCGAUGUCGUAUUUUACAUAGUAAAGUCCACCAAACCCGUUGAGUAAUGAAUUAACGAUACAUUCAUUUUAGAUGAGAGGUUAGACUAAUACAUUUUAUCUCCAACACCAUUUUUUGCGAGAUGACUUAGCGAAUUAAUUUCCAUUAAAAUAAUUAAUUGUACAUACCUCCAAAAUGCACAAAUUUUGUUACCAUGUUAGUGUAUUUAUAGAUACAAAUAUCGAUACGGUCUGUAAGAAGACUUCAUAAUAAAAUAAUUACUGAAAGUACAGACUAAAAAUUUUAAUAAAAUACGAUUGAAAAUU